UUAAGUUGAUGAUUGUUUAUUGUAGGAAGACUGUGUAGAAGUACCUCCAUGGCUGACAAUUAUGUACAAUACAGCGUAUUUUGAUAUGUGUAACGCUCAUCCGAAUACUAAGAAGAACGAGCUGGAUCACUUUUGCAUUGAUUGUCUUUUAGCUUUGUGUUAUCACUGUCUUCCUGCUCAUUCUUCUCACAAACAUGUUAAGAUUCGGAGAUACGUAUAUUGUGAAGUGAUCAAUCGCAAAGAUUUAUGCAAGCUAUUCAAUUGUUCGGGCAUACAGGCAUAUCAUACAAAUAAAACUAAAGUGCUAUUCUUGAAGCAAAGGCAUCAACAACCACUACAACAACAACAAAGUCAACAACACAAUUCAAAAGAUCAUAGUUGCAUCAUCUGUCAAAGGAGUUUGCAAGACAGCACUUCCCUCUAUUGCAGCAUUGCAUGCAAGGUUAGUUUUUGUGUUUUUUGAUAACUUAAGGUGUCCGGACCAGUUUGCGCGUACCUCGAGUAAUCUCUGGGGGACCAAUUCUACCAUCUACUAGCGAGGAGCAGAACUCUGUAUGGACUGGCUCAACAUAAGAGUUGAUAGCACCUAAGAGGUUUUGAACCUUCUAAGUCCCAAACCUUUACCACUAGGCCAACCCUUGAGGGUUUAGUUUUUGUUCUUUGUCUUUCUUUUUAAUUAUCAAAAAACAAUCAACAACUAUUAAGCCUAUUUGUUUCAACUUUGCCACAACAUUACACACCAUCAUAUUAUUCUUGUUAACAGGUUUUCUCUAUCAGUAGAGGUGCGUCUGAUCAUGACAAUGAAAAAGAUGAAGACUUGGGUAGCAAAAGAAGCGAUGAAGAAAUUGUAACACAAUCAUCACCUAAGAGGCAAAAAGUUAGAAAAGGAGUCGCUCAAAGAGCUCCAAUGUAUUGAAUGCACUUAUUUAUUUUUAUUUUUUUUACUUUUUUACUUUUUAUUUAUUUAUUUA